GUCACUGUCAUUUUCUUUUUGUUGUGGUCCUGGCUCGUGCCCUCGCCGUGCAAUCGGGGAUACGCGCAGCCACGUGACUCUUUGGGAGCGAGCGAGCGAGAGAGAGAGAGAGCGCUCGGACGUGCAAGCGGGAAGGGCCGGAAGUUGUAUACAUUUUUCUUCUUCUUCUUCUUCUUCUUCUUGUUCUUCUUCUUCUUCUUCUUCUUCCUGUCGAUUUUCUUCUUCGUCAACGCUAUUUGGUUUAUGCGCCACGUAGAAAAUGUUGCACCGUCCGACGUCUUCCUCCCCAUGCUCGCACCGCUAUUUGGUUUUUCUUCUUCGCCAAAUCUAUUUGGCUUCGAGAGCCAUUGACCGACGGGAGAAGGAGAGAGAUACAGUUUGGGGGUGGUGUAUUGCUGUGCUCCUCGGUUGCAGGCUCUCGGAGUCUUUGCUCUGGCAAGAGGAGAAGGACAAAGGAGAAAGGAGAAGGAGGAGGACGGAUUUGAACGAAGACGAGAGAUUUCAAACAACGACAACAGUUAUACGCCUUGAUCAUCAUGCUGAAGCCAUCCACCGUGCUCGCCGCCAUUGUGGCCCUGGGGCUGGUCCUCAUUGCGUCCCCAGUGCAAGUUUCAGGGCAGAGGAGGUACUUGUGCUGGUACAAUCGAGAUCAGAAUGCAUAUACGUUCAAGAAAAUCGAUUGCAAGAAGCAACCGACCGCGGCGACGCUGGAAGGAUGCCAGGAGGUGUGCACCUCGCACGGGAGCAAGUGCGCCGGAAUAGUCUUCGCGGUCUACAACUGGCCCGCUGGCAAACACUGCUGCUUCCUCAAGUCUUACAUGGACUUCUACGGAAGGCAGUUCCAGAUGGACCGCCACACUUGCAAGAAGGAAUGAUCUUGAAUCUUGAUUAUACUUUUUUUUUUUUUUUUUCGUUGAUCGGGCUGCUGCACCAACAGAGGGCAGGGUCACUCCGUCUCUUUUUCGAAACUAGGGGCCCCCAUAUCCCACCGACGCCACCGUGAGCAGAACUUGUCGCAGUCCCCCUCCUCUGGAGUCACACAGCUUGCUUGCCGCCUGGGCAACAACACACUGUGUGCAGGGCCGCACACUCUGCAGAGUCACAGAGUUUGCUGCAGGCUUGCACAGUUAAGCUGCUGCCUUGCACAGUUUGCUGCAGGCUUGCGCAGAUUGCAAGUCGCACACAGGUUGUCGGCCGCACRGUUUACGCCGUCGGGUCAUUCGUUCAUUCGGCUUGGGGAUUGCUGCCAGGUGAUCGACGAUGAUUUGCUCGCUUGCAAGCAAGUAGGAUCUCAGUGUCUGUUUUGUUUUUGUUUUUUUUUUGUUUUUUUUUUUUGUGUGUGUGUGUAGGCAAGCGUCUGUCUGUCUGUCUGUCUGUCUUUUUGUAGGCCUGUAAAAGCCGAAUCCGUACGUUUGGGUUUUCCUUCCUUGGGUUUUGAAUCUGUCAUCGCUGGUUUGCAUCGAGUGACUGAAAAAAGUAUGUUUUCCUUCCUUGGGUUUUGAAUCUGUCAUCGCUGGUUUGCAUCGAGUGACUGAAAAAAGUAUGGCUGUAGCAAAAAGCAGAAGCUUGCAGUCAUCUCUCUUCUUUUCUGCAUAGAGAUUAAUUAUAUGUGAUGGGCACAUUACCUGCAGCAAAAGCAUCCUUCCUUUUCAGUCUUAAGGUAGACAGAGCUUACUGGGAAGCGAGGGCUACGUGAUUAGUUGUUGUUGUUGUUGUUGUUGUUGUUGUUGUUGUUGUUGUUGUUGUUGUUUUGCGUGAUUAGUUUUCUCGAUAAGGCAUUCUUUAUUAUAUUUAUGCAAUUUUAAUAAAUGUCCGUAUAUGGUGGCGGUGUUUGUUUGGUCUCGCUGGGUCACCUCACCUGUUCCACAAGCGGGAGCCAUGAUCUUGACCUGGUCCCGACCCUUUUUUUGGAGUGACCAGUAAAAGGUACUGCUGAUGUGCGGUGCGGGGAUUGUGCUGUCGCCUCAGGCUCGUUUUUAAGGUCAUAUCCAGUCCCCGUUGUCUUUCAGACGGUCGUUUCAAUCUUGGUUUAAGUCGGAGGCCUCGGGUUCUGUUCAUUCUUCUGGCUACUUCUGGUCCCAGUUGGUCCUGUUUUGGCACUAAGUCUUGCGGUUCUCUUCUCGCUCCAGCUACCUAGUAACUCAUUUGGGUCUCAUCCGGUACCUGUCUGCACGGCGACUAUUGAAUAGGUAGGAGUUUAAAGUCCGUUGAAUAGGUUUAGGGGUUUAGUGUACUUUGUUUCUAUCUCACCAGGGCAGCCGCUGGCGCCCUGAAGAUGGCCGCUGCUAGGGUACUUCCGCCAGUCUCUGUGCUUCACGCUAUGGCGCUUUUCGUUAAUUUUUUGUGUGCUCAACUGUAUAUCUUUCCAAAUUGAUGUGCUCGGGGCCUUACUACUUAAG